CAAACUUUCCCACCCACAGCCUCGCCUCCCCCAUCAUCCACCUCACCACCCUCACCUUCCCACCUCCACCAUCUUCACCCACCCAACCUUCCACAACCUUUACAACACCCACACGCCACAAUGGACCUCUUCGGCGUCCACGACCUCCCCACCUCCAAAUCCGCCUCGGCAGGGUGGGCCUACAUCCCCGACACCCUCUCCAGCGCCGCAGCCCCUACAUCCCGCAAACGCGCGCGCCACACCGCCAGCGCGCACGACCAGAGCGCGAGGCAGGAUGCGAAAGUUGCGAGGGACCUGGCGGCGUUGGAGAGGGAGGGGGGGGGGAGGGAGGUGAGUAUUCCGGUUGUGCCUAGGGGGAGGGAUGGGGCGGGGAGGGCAACACACGGAAAAGUAACCCCCGCCGUCCGCAAAAUCCUCCAAUCCCAAAAAACAUUCGCAAACCACCUCUCCGACGCCGAAGCCCUCGCUGCUCUCGCCCCUCCCUCCUCCACAACCGCUGCCCCAUCCACCACCGCCGCAGCCACAUCCACACCCACACCCGCCGCUGCGAGCCCUGCGCCUACGGCGGCACAGUCGAAGAGGGGGUAUAAACGUCGCUCUCUCGCUGCUGGGGCGGCUGCGACACCGACGCCUCCGCCGAUGAAGAUCGAGACGCCGCAGCCUGAUACGGUGAUGGCGGAUGCAGAUGCUGAUGCCGGAGGACUCCUCCUCUCUACAGCCCCGAACUUCACACCACACCCUGGGGAUAGCGAUCCAUUGCUCAGAUCCAGGAUACCAAGUAUGCCAACGAAAGAGGAGGUGGAAAGUUUGUUAGCAGAACGGCCUAGGGGGUAUUUAGAAGCCAAGGCCGGGUUUGAGGGGACAGCAGGAGGAGGAGCAGCGAGGGUGAAGGGAAGGAGGUUCUGUGAGGUUUGUGGGUAUUGGGGACGCGUGAGGUGUAUGGCGUGUGGGACGAGGUGUUGUGCGCUGGAGUGUUUGGGGGUGCAUAGGGAGGAGUGUUUUGGGGGGUAUGGUGCUUAG